UAUACAUCAUUUUAUAUGUGACAUCACAUUGCUUCUUGUCAACAUCAGUCUUCCAUUGACAUUCCUCCCAUCGCGGUCAAGUCAAGGAAAUCGUAGAUAUAAGAUCACCACAGCCGAAGAUAACUUUUACUGGCGGAGUUACUUAGUCUUGGCAUCGCCGGUGUGGGGCGGCUUGCGGAGUUUCUGUGCGGACAUAUCAUGUCAAACUCCACUGGCGGACUGUCUUCACGUAGCUUGUCCUUCAUAUCGAUUUAACGCCUGCUGCCAAAUCCAUGAAGAGUAGCAUUGAACCAGCAGUCAAGAUGGGAUCCACUGCAACCGAAAGUGCCGGCAUACCAACCUCGCGCCAAAAAAACUGCAACGCCUGUGUACAGGCUAAGAGACGGUGUGACCGGCGGACACCGGUAUGCUCUCGGUGCGUGCAGAAGACAUUGCCAUGUGUCUACACCAAAUCUAGACCGACUCAUCGGCUAGGGGAAAAUACCAGGGAGCCGACACCUCUUCCAGAGGCCCUCCCGCUUCAAAGUCCCGCCUAUUCUCCGCUGAAUAUCCCCGGUGUCUCAUUUGAUAUGGACUACACCGAGAAUAUGUCGUCAGGGUUUCUCCCAGAUGUUGCUAUCGAAUCCACACCCGAAUCCCACAACAGCGAUGUUCCUUACGGUAAUACUGCUAUGGGAAGUUUUCUAGAUUUCAUAGGGUACAACGCAUUUUCUUCUUCGGACCAAUGGCUUGUCCGUAACGAAGAUGAGCAUCUCCCUGAGCGCCCACCGACACCAGCUGAUGAAGAAUUACUGGCGGUUCAAAGUAACAUGGCGGCUUGUAGUCAGCUUGAUUCAUGGCAUGUGUACGAUCCGAAAUCACCACUGUACUACAUCUUAAACCGCGUGAAAAGAUUCACGACGGAAAUGGCGGAGAAGAACACCACUCCUUUCAUCCACAGAUAUCUUUACCACGAGCACAAACCACGAUGUAUUAUGUCGUGCUUCACGACAUGUGUACUUUAUGCAAACCGCACACCAAAUAACACGGCCAUGGUAAUGAAGGCGUUAUCGGAUAGUGCGCGCGAGCUUGUCGAUUCCGAAGCUUACCGCGUGGUUCCUACACCUAUCGAGAAGCUUGCGCGCUCACAAACUCUUUUCUUAUACCAGAUCAUCCGUCUCUUCGACGGAGAUAUUACCUUAAGAGCGCAGGGCGAGAAAGAUAUAGGACUACUGAAAACAUGGCUGGGUGAGCUGUGCCGUAUCCGCGAUAAUCUAGGAGACUUGGCGUUGUUGGAGGGUGCUUUAGUAAAAGACCAGUCACCAGCAGAAUGGGAGAACUGGAUAUUCGCCGAAUGCGUGCGCAGAACCAUAAUCAUGGCGUACGCCGUCAUCGGCCUGUACGAGCUGCUGAAAGAUCAGAGGUACACAGACCCCGACGACCCUUGGGCUUACGUCCACCGCUGGACCCUCGGGCGUUCCUUAUGGGAAGCUGGUUCCCCGACGGAGUUCCAGCGAGCGUGGAGAGAGAAUUCGCAUUUCAUCAUUGCGAGCUUUUUACUUGGGGGGUUCGUCGAGAAUGGGAAGGGAGAAGAUGUAGAUGAAUUCACGGAAAUCUUUCUGAAUGUAUAUAUGGGUGGAGAUGCGACGAAGGAAUUCAUAGACCGGCGGAAAUGAAGAAUGAUGAAGAUGCGUAUAAUGAAACGAUAUACACGCCGAUAGAGGCGGGGCGUAUUCUCGGUUCAUAGAUCUUGACCUCAUCGAUCAGCGGCCCUCGGUCAGGCUGUCGAUGCCUGAGAAGCAUAUUGCUGUUAAGAUCAACUACGUAUAAUGGAGACAUACGGCCCCUCAUAGAUUAUGGCUCGGAGAUGGAAUUAGUAAAUUCCCGGCGGUUCCGAAGCUCCUGGGCUUAGUUGCGAUUCGGGUUAGCG